AACUCUGGAGUGUGAAAAGUAUGUAUACAGGAAAAUUAACUAUUGAGAUCAUUCACACUCACUAAAAAUUUUCUAUGGCUCUGAAAUUGUACGACCAACAACAUCAAACAUCAAUAUCAACAAUAACAAGACAAUGGUCAAUGGAAGAGUUAUACUAACAUGGGUAGCAUUGGUAACUGCCUUUGUUAAUGGACAUGAUACUGGUGAUCAACAUCAUAAUGAAAUCAAGCAAAAACCUCAAGAAUUAAGUUGGCAAAAUUGGCAUAUGAUUGAAGAACAUGGAAUUCAAUCAUAUGAUGCUGAUUCAUUUUUUAGAUUACAUGAUUUAUCGAAGCAAGGCAGUUGGAAUAUUGAAGAUAUCUUGAAUUUAUAUGGAUUAUUAAGAACCAAUAUCGUUGGUGAUGGAUCUGGUGGAGGAGUUCAUCAAGAUCAUAAUGAAGAAAUCAUUAAUGAUGAUGCUAAAACAUUUGUAGUAACCACUAUUUUAAAUUUAAUUGAUGCUGAUAAAGAUGGAGUUAUAAGUCAACAAGAAUGGAAAGUAUUCUCUAAUAAUGGAGGAGAAUUACCUGAUUUUGGUUAUGGACAAGGUCAUCAUUUUGAUUUUGAAUUAGAAUAUGAACAACAUCAUUGGCAAAAAUAUCAUGCUAAAGAUGAUCCAGAUGUGUUAAUUAAACAUAAAGAAGAUAUCGAACAUGAAUUAUUACAUCAUGAACAUGAAAUUGAAGAAUCCCAUUAUUCAGCAAGUGAACAAUUAAGAAAAACUACAACUAAUUUUUUAUCAAAUAUUAAUUUAAUUAAUCUACUGAAUAAAUACAAAAGAACUUAGCUAAGUAGGGUAAGUUAAUAAUCUAUAGUACAAGAAAUAAAUAAACCGUAC